GAAAAUGGUUCAUGUUGAAACUGAAGCAAAAUUAUUGGCUACACUAACACUACUGCUUCUCUUCCAUCUUAUUAUCCCAAUAAUCUCAACAUUUUCCGAAUCAAACCUUCACCAUGAUAUGACCUUGUUAGAUGAGCAAUUAAAAGCGGCGGAGGAUGGUGCCAUUAGAGUGGUGAGAGUUCGGAAAGACGGAACCGGAGAUUUUAAGACGAUAACUGACGCCGUCAAUAGCAUUCCGUCGGGGAACAUGAGAAGAGUGGUGGUGUGGAUUGGUAUGGGGGAAUAUAGAGAGAAAAUAACGGUUGAUAUGUCAAAACGUUUUGUAACGUUUUAUGGGGAAAGGAAUGGGAAUGAAAAUGACAUAAUGCCCAUUAUAACGUACGAUGCAACUGCUUUGCAUUAUGGGACACUUUAUAGUGCAACCGUCGCUGUUGAUGCUGAUUACUUUGUUGCUGUCAAUGUUGCAUUUGUGAACUCGUCUCCUAUGCCAAAUGAAAAUAGUGUUGGAGGACAAGCGUUAGCGAUGAGGAUAUCAGGGGACAAGGCUGCAUUCUACAAUUGCAAGUUCAUUGGAUAUCAAGAUACUUUGUGUGAUGACAAAGGCAGACAUUUUUUUAAGGAUUGCUAUAUUCAAGGAACCUAUGAUUUCAUCUUUGGAAAUGGAAAAUCCAUCUACUUGAAAACUACCAUAAAAUCGGUUGGAAAGGGUUUGAAAGUUAUAACAGCACAAGGUAGGGAAAGCAUAUCAGAAGAUACUGGAUUCACUUUUGUGCAUUGCAAAAUAAUCGGAUCUGGUCACAGGAACACUUACCUCGGCCGUGGUUGGAGGAGGAGCCCUAGGGUAGUGUUUGCCUAUACUUUUAUGGACUCUGGUGUCAAUUCUAGAGGAUGGUACCACCAUGAAUCCAAUGAGACAAUCUAUUUUGGAGAAUAUAAGUGCAUUGGACCAGGUGCUGCUUCUUCCUCUUCAAGUAGGAUACUAUCUGAUGAAGAAGCUAAACCCUUCUUGAGCAUGGCUUAUAUUCAUGGAGAACAAUGGGUUCGCCCACCUCCCAAACUGUAA